AUGUCGCCAGCGCAGGCGGACUUUUCUCGCUACAGAGACCCGGCUAACGGUUACGAAAGUGACUACAUCCCAGAGCAGACCUAUCAUCAUUUCCCAGGAAAAUUUACUGAAGACGACCCCAACAGUGGCUAUUUCUCCUCAGCCACAGCUCCAGGCAGAUCUCAGCAGCACUAUGCAGAAGACUCCGAUCCGAAAUCCCGUGUCUUUACUGGUGCUGGUCGCAGCCGCACUGCAAGCUCUUCUGCAAAGCGAAGUCGGAAGACGUCAUCUUCAACCGCACGCGAGCUCGUCCGUGCGUUGAUCAAUGAACGGCUUGAGGCGGAUACGACUGGUGAGGUACAACUGGCGCGUGCGUAUGAUAUCAUAAAGACCGAGUCGCGUCGCGCUGCAGACGCGGAACGUAUUGCGUUGGAGAGCACGGAGAGAUUAAAAGGACUGGCGAUUGCACGUGCGAGGGAACAGAAGGAUGCUGUACGUGCUCAGGCAGAGUUGAGAGCAUACAAGAUGCAGUUGGACAAUGCACAGAAACAGUUGGAGGAAGCUAAUGCGAUUGUGGCUGCGAGUGACGCUGAACGUAUGAAGGCCGAACAUGCAGUUACGCGAAUGAAAAGGACUGUAGAGAAGUUUAGAGAGGGAGAGCUCGCAAGGCGGGCAAGAGAGCAGGGCUUUAGAGAAGGGAGAAGAGAAGCACUUUGGAGUAUCGGUGCAGACGUUCCACCAGUACAUAGUACUCACUCAAGAACAAGAGGACCCAUCUAUGAAGAUGACGAUGACGACGAAGUGCCGCAUACUCCGACUUCAAAUGUCCCUCUACCAGUCCCGCCGCCGGAAUCCGUGCCGAUCAUGUCUCGUCGUGCUGCAACGCCGACAAUCCGUCGCUCUACACCGAUUCAACAAGACUGGCGAACAGCGCCUAUUCCCGAAGUCAUCCGUCAAGAAAUGACUCCUCCAUCUAGACGUGCAUCAACGCCGGGAUGGGGACUCCCAGUCCCUCCUCCGGCCUCCAUACCUACCCUCCCCCGUCGAGGUGAGACCCCCCGACCUAACUCUCGUCGAAGCGGGACACCUGGACCUCGUCAAGCACCUCCGCCAUUGGAAUACGACGAUUUUGAACCUGUCCCUGAUCCUCGUGCGCAACAUCCUGAGCCGGAUCACAUCAUCAUCCGUUCUCCCGUUCCUGUGCGUCCAGAGCCCGAAACACCAACAGGAGUACCUGCGCAGGUUUAUCCGACUCGUCCAGCUUCUUCUCAAGCCACGCGUCCACCACCACACGCCGGUCAUCCACAAGGACACCAUCCUCAUGACCCACGUCGACACCCCAGGCAUCACAGCAUGGGCGAUCCUGCUGCACUCGCCACUGCGUCUGCGGAUCGUAUUUACUCGCAAUAUGCAACUUCGUCUGAGUCGUCCAGCAGUGAGCCUAGGCGACCGCCGUCCCGUGGAAUGAGGAGACAUGGUUUGCCACAGCAAGAAAUUAUCGUUCCACGUCCCGCUCAAGGACUCAACCAUCGUUUCGAACCUCCCAUACGCCCGCCGUCUGCAGCUGACUCUGUCCCAGCAUCUGCUGCAGCCCUUGCCCGACAACGCAAUCGACGCCCCACGUCGGUUAGCUCGUCUUCCACCACGUCAUCUGCUCGCACAGAAACGACAGGAUUCCCCGUUCCUUCCCGUGUUGCGCGUUUGCAAAGACAGUCAUUGGGAGAAAGGAAGUGGAGUGCAGAGAGUGGGUCGAGUGUUCCAGGGAUCACUAUUGAACCACCUAGUCGGCCGGAGAGCGUUGAUACGGUGCAUACGGGUAUGACGAGGCAUUCGCACCUUUUGCCUGAUGGGAUGCCUGUGAUGCAUGCGGACCAGACGAGUUCUCCUGGUUGGGGGGUGCAGCAACCUCAUCAACCUCAUCAUGCUCAUUCGCAUUCGCAUUCGCAUUCACAUCAUCAGCCACAGAUGCAACCCCAACGACCGCCGUCAAGAACGGGGUUCAUGUACGGUCCGCCGCCCAGUCCAGGCAAUAAUACUACAGGCGGCGGGCCGUCUCACCCAUCUAUGAGUUUUGGGUCUCCGACCUCACCGGGGAUGAGCGGACCUCCGAUUGACUUUGGUGCGCCUCCGCCACCUGGGAUGCAGCCGUUCCCUGGUAUGGGUAUGGGUGGGCAUAUGCCGCCUGUGACGCCUGUGACUUCGCCGGAGCAUGAACGAACGGGACCAGGUAGUGCGGCAGAUUAUUUUGCUGGGGAUCAUCAUCGAGGUGGGAGUGGGGGGAGACAAUCACUUGGGAGGAGACAGGCGAGACAUCGGAGGGAGCCUGCUGGUAUGGGUAUGGGUGCGGGGAUGGAGAGUGUGGAAGAGUUGGUGCACGCGAGAGGCAUGGGAAUGGGAGAUUUGAAUGCGUUUCAUGACCCUGGUACGGAUCCCUCGCUUGACGAAGAGGAAGAAGUGUUUGGGACGAGGAGAGAGAGGUCAAUAACGCCGCGUGCGCGUACGCGUACGUUCUCGCAGACUCACUCUCAGGGAACAGGAUCGAGUACGGGCCCAUAUGCAUUUGACGAGCGCCGAGCAGGGUUUGAUGAAAGACGCAGGAGUGGGAGUAUUGUUGGAGGUUCGAGGAGUGCGACACCUGCGAGUGGGGUAGGGUUCGUUCCUCCGAGGCCUUCGUCGCGUGCGUCCGGGAGCGUUUCGGGGGCAGGAGUAGGGAUGGGAAUGGGACCAGGAGGGAUGGGGAUGUAUGAAGAUGUUGGACAAGGAGGACCAGAGUCGGGCUUUGACACUCCACGCCGUGUCCCGUUGCCUUCUUCGUCUGCGUCUGCUUCGCGUGCAGCGUCCUCCAAGAGUGGUGGGAGGAAUAAUAGGAGAGGGAGAGGGGGAAGAGGGGACACGUCGAUUCUGCAUGGUGGGAUCAGUGGAAGGGAUGCUGAAGGUCGGUCCUUGGAGAGGACACCGUUUGGGAAUACACCGUUUGUGAGGAGUAGUGGGUUGGAUGAGGAUUAGGUUGUGGAUUUGGGAAGUGGAAUUUUUUGGUCGACUCCUGGCGCUUCUAUUCGACUUCUUGGAUUGAACUGGAUUGGAUUUCUUUCUUGUUAUGCGAUACCUCUUACUUGCUUCAUUCCUUCACAGCGCUUCACUCUCGACACAUUUGCUUGACUUUUUCUUGGAUUGCUCUUUCGAGUUCUUACCGUUUUCUUCUUCCCGCGUUAUUUUCUGUUGGAUUGGCUACUCGCCGUGUCACCUCUACUCAACCUCUAUCAGCUCAUGUUUGGACCUUCUUCAUCCC